AUGCCUUCGUUGGAAGCUUGCAAGAAACACCUGGACACUGAGUCAGAAAUGCAGUUCGAGGAUCACAUGUACGAAUUUGUUUGCAGUUGUAAAGAGAUCUCCGAAUACAAGGGCGAAGCGCUACGGCAAUGGAUAGAUGUUUAUGUUGUCUCUCUGAAGAACCCUCCGGAGCUUCACAAAAUCUUUUAUGACAUCAAAGAAGCGACGGAGCUGAAGUAUGUAGGUGUUGGGGAGCUGGAGCAGGCCUACCAAAGUCAGGAUCCGAGCUUCGUGCGAGUCGCAGCACCGGACUAUGCGAGAAGGCUAUUCCACUUCCUGCACAAAAAGAUCCGCGUGUACCUGGAUAUGUUGCCCAAAGUUGACUCCGAUGAGGAGCGGCACAACAAAAAGGGCCAGCAGCUGCUGGACAGGAUCGGAGAUGUCUCCAUGCUGAGCAGGGCGCAGGACCUCAAUGUAAUCGUGGACCCAUGCAGAAGAAACGAAGCUUACAAUGAGAGCGUGUGGCAUCGUGCUGUUCAUGUUUGGGUCUUCGAUAUAGAAGGCGGCCGCUUUCUCAUCCAGCAACGCUCGCCUAAGAAGCGGCACUUCGGUGGCAAGUGGAACUGCUCGACGGGCCACAUCAAAAUGGGCGAUCCGGCUUUGCCGACGGCCAUGAAAUCUGUGAAGGACGAUGUUGGCAUUCAGGAUGUUGAAGAGGCAGACUUCGAAUACCUGUUCCAGGCAACCGCUGGCGCUUUUGGGUGCAGCUACAGAUUGUGCUACAGUGCAACUGCUCGAUGCUUUGGCCUAGACGAAGCUCAUUCGAAGAUCGCAGCGGCCGGCGGUCUUGCUGCAAAACAAGUCUAA